CGGCGCCGGCUCGGAGCCCUCCCCAUGGAAGAGAAAAGCCCCCGCUGGAAAGUGCGCCCGCUCGGCAUGAGCCAUGAGCCAAAGUCACCUUCACUAGGAAUGCUCUCCACCGCGACCCGGACCACGGCCACCGUCAGCCCCCUGACCCCUUCUCCUCUCAAUGGCUCCCUUGUGCCCAAUGGCAGCCCAGCGGCCAACAGCUCCUUGUCAGUCCAGUCAGCGCCUUCCUCCAGCUUCGCUGCCGCCCUGCGCAAACUGGCCAAACAGGCAGAGGAACCCAGAGGGUCUUCGAUAAGCAGCGAGUCUUCCCCCGUCUCCUCGCCAGCCACCAACCACAGCUCCCCUGCCAGCACGCCCAAGCGAGGACCCAUGGGCCCCAUCAUCGUCCCCCCUGGGGGGCACAGCGUGCCUAGCACGCCCCCCGUGGUGACCAUCGCCCCGACGAAAACGGUGAAUGGGGUCUGGAGAAGUGAAGGCAGACAGCAAGAAGCAGGAUCGAGAGGCAGCAGCAGCCGGGAGCGCCUGAUCGCCGAGCCUCCGCUCCCACAGGAGAAAGCCGGGGGCCCCGCUGUCCCUUCUCACCUCCUCGGGACGCCUUACUCCUUCGGGAUCCCCCCCACCUCCGUCGUCCAGGAUUCCCGCUUCCCGCCUUUAAACCUGCAGCGGCCUGUACACCAUGUGGUGCCUCCCAGCGCGGUCACUGAAGAUUACCUGCGGAGCUUCCGGCCCUACCACACCGCUGAGGAACUCCGUAUGUCCUCCCUGCCGCCCAUCAGCCUGGAUCCGGCCACCGCCGCCGCUUACUACCACCCCGGCUACCUGGCCCACCACCCCUUCCCUCACCCAGCCUUCAGGAUGGAUGACUCCUACUGCCUUUCGGCCCUGCGGUCCCCCUUCUACCCGAUCCCAACCCCUGGUUCGCUCCCACCUCUUCAUCCUUCAGCCAUGCACCUCCAUCUGUCGGGAGUGAGGUACCCCACCGAGCUGCCCCACUCGUCGCUCUCUGCCCUUCAGUCCGAGCGGAUGUCCAGUCUGACCGCGGAGAGGCUGCAGAUGGACGAGGAGCUGAGGCAGCGCGAGAGGGAACGCGAGAGGGAGCGCGAGAAGGAGCGGGAGCGGGAAGCCGACCGGGAGCGGGAGAAAGAGCGCGAGCGGGAGAGAGAGCGGGAGAAGGAGCUGGAGCGGGAGAAGGAGAGGGAGCGGGAGAGAGAGCUGGAGAGACAACGAGAAAGGGCCCGGGAGAAGGAGAUGAACCUGGCCAAAGCCAUGGAGACCCCAUUUCUGCCAGUGGCAGAGCUGCACGGGCUGAGGAGCCACCCGGCGGAGGAGCGUGUGAAACCAGCCGAGCAGCUGACGCCAAACAGACCAGAGAAACCCAAGGACACGACCAUCCCAACUCCUAAGCCCGUCCAGCACCCCUUGCACCAGCCGCCCGCCUCCCACCAUCCCGUGCCCAGCCUCAUUUCCAGCCACAGCGUCUUCCCCCUCCCCGGGAGCAGCGCGGCCACAGCUCUUCUCAUCCAGCGCACCAACGAGGAGGAGAAGUGGCUGGCGCGCCAGCGUCGGCUGCGGCAGGAGAAGGAGGACCGCCAGUCCCAGGUGUCGGAGUUCCGGCAGCAAGUGCUGGAGCAGCACCUGGAGAUCGGGCGGCCGCCGAACCAGCCGGAAGCUGAGCAUCGGCCAGAGAACCCCAGAUCAGGACCAAACCGCCAUGAGCCAAGUGGCCGAGACCAACCACAGCACUUUGGAGGGCCCCCUCCGCUCAUCUCUCCCAAACCUCAGCAUCAUCCAGUGCCCACCUCGCUCUGGAACCCUGUGUCCUUGCUGGAGAACAACAUGGAGCCGCGCAGGAUCCAGGAGAAUCACUCUCUCCAUGCCCACCCUGCCCAGUACGAGCCCAGCCGACAAGCCAUCCCCUUGGUGAAGGUGGAACGAGUAUACUGCCCCGAGAAGCUGGACGAAGGGGCCAGAAAGAGAGAGACACUGGACAAAUAUCAGCCUGCCAGGGAGCCUGGGGCGUCGGAACAUGGUGGGUUCUCCCAUGGGCCCUUCCUGGCAGAACUGGAAAAGUCCACACAGACCAUCCUUAACCAACAGAGGGCAUCGCUCUCCCAGCCGGGGCAGUUUGCUGAGGUCAGCCUGCCCAGCAAGCCUAGCUCACCUUACCGGCACCCGCUGCCUAGGGCCCACGACCCCAUGUACGUUUACGACGAGUUCCUGCAGCAACACCGUAAACUAGUCAGCAAACUGGACCUGGAGGAGCGGAGGCGGAGAGAAGCCAGGGAGAAAGGCUAUUACUAUGACCUGGAUGACUCCUACGACGAGAGUGAUGAGGAGGAAGUGAGAGCCCAUCUCCGGUGCGUUGCCGAGCAGCCCCCGCUGAAGCUGGAUACUUCCUCGGAGAAAUUGGAGUUCCUGCAGCUUUUUGGCCUGACCACCCAGCAGCAGAAGGAGGAGCUGCUGACUCAGAAGAGGAGGAAGAGGCGGAGGAUGCUGAGGGAGAGGAGUCCAUCCCCUCCCACAGUCCAGAACAAACGUCGGACGCCCUCACCGCGGCUCCCACUCUCCACGCGCUACAGCCCCGAUGAAAUGAACAACAGCCCCAACUUCGAGGAGAAGAAGAGGUUCCUGACCAUCUUCAACCUGACUCACAUCAGCGCAGAGAAAAGGAAAGAUAAAGAGAAACUGGUGGAAAUGCUCCAUGCCAUGAAGCAGAAAAGUGUGACGGCAGCAGUAGUGGUGAAAAGCUCCCCGCGGGACAGUCCCAGUCUCACCCCAGCUGAGCUCCAGGUGCAGCAAUUUCCUGUGGAUUCAGAUAAACCUGUUGGUAUCACCGCCUCCUUGCCAGACACUCAAAAGACAUCAGAGCCCAGCCGAUUAGAACAGCUGAGACCGCACGAGCUCCAGAGGGCCAAGGAACCAGCUCCGGUCUCUGCUGAGAAGCCCAGGCUGAACGAUGGGCACACCGGGAAGAAGAGCCUGAGCAUAUUCAAUUAUGUCAGGGGCCCUUUGCCUAAGGACAUCCCGGUGCCACUCUCUCACAGCAUGAAUGGGAAGAAUAAGCCAUGGGAGCCCUUCAUAGCUGAGGAAUUUGCACAUCAGUUUCACGAGUCAGUGCUGCAGUCCACACAGAAAGCAUUGCAGAAGCACAAAGGAAGUGCAGCAGCACUUACUGCAGAGCAGAACCACAAAAUUGACACCUCUAUCCAUUACAACAUUCCUGAGCUUCAGACCUCAAGCAGGGUCCAGCUGCCUCAACAGAAUGGGCAGCAAGACACCCCACUGGCACGAAAGGGGCUCAUCCCACCUGAACAGGACAAGGACUCUGACUCAGAGGGGGAGGAGGAGGAGGAGGAAGAGGAGGAGGAAGAGGAGUACCCUAGACCUAAAUGGCAGGGGAUUGAGGCAAUCUUCGAAGCUUAUCAGGAACAUAUAGAAGAACAAAACCUGGAACGCCAAGUGUUGCAGACACAGUGCCGACGGCUGGAGGCCCAGCAUUACAGUCUCAGUCUGACUGCAGAGCAGCUGUCACACAGCAUGGCGGAACUAAGGAACCAGAAGCAGAAGAUUGUCUCGGAAAGGGAGCGACUUCAGGCCGAACUAGAUCACUUGAGAAAGUGCCUUGCGUUGCCUGCAAUGCAGUGGUCUAGGGGUUAUUUCAAGGGAUAUCCCAGGUGACGCUCCCUUGCACUAGGCUGAACAUAUAGUAUAGAAAUAAUAAUCUAUUUUAUUACCUUGAAUAUUUAAUAUUUUUCACUGGGAGGUUUGAAGCUAAAAUAUAAAUGGAGAAUGUGCCAUGCAUGGAGCAAAGGAUUAUGGGAUCCAGAAAAAAUACCCACCUCUAUCUUGACUUCAAUGCAACUGAAUCUUUGUAAUUCUGCAAGCAACCCACCCAUGAAGGCUAGAUUUUGUUUAAUUUUAAUGAGGGGUGCUUUUUUUCCUCCUUCCCCUCCACUUUUUAAUUAUUAUUUUUUAAAUCUGAUAAGACUUCAUCAACAACACUAAUAGCCACCUCCCUGUAGAGGGGGUGCUGUCCACACACAAAAUCAUUCUUUUGUUGCCAUAUUAGUCCAACUACUGUACCAUGGGGUUUGCCUGUUCUUCACGGGGAAGAUGGUGUGUCUCGUGUUAAGAGGAAGUUGGGUACACUUUUGAAAGCAAAUGAACUGUGUAUCUCCGAUACGGAAAGCUGUGGUAGUGAUCUGCAGAGUAACAAGUCCUGGAAGGAGCCAACACAGCUUCAGAACUUGAGCCUUUUCCUAAAUCAACAGGCUUUCCACUGGAAAUGCACUUCGCUAUAAAAAAAUAAAGUGAAUAAACAAACCGAAGGUACCUUUUUAUUACUGUUUUGGGGGGUAGGGAGCGGAAUGUACAGAACAACAACACACACACACACCUAGAGAGAGAGAGAGACAAAUUACAUACCCUAGUGGGUGAACUUUUCAUACAAACUCAAACGAUUUUGCAAUUAAAAAAAAAAAAACAAAGUCAAAAAGGUGCUUCAGCCUUGUACUGUGUAUAUAUUUAAAAAGUUUUGUAUGUUUUUAUUACUUUAAUUAUUGUUAUAAAAAGCUUGCCAUUUUUAAUAUGUUUCUGCUUUUUUUUUUGGCAAAAUAACUUGCUUUUAGUGUUUGUACUGCUGCUGGUCAGGACAUGACAAAUAUUGAAGUGUUUUAAAACAAUUUAAAAAAAAAAAAAAAAAAAGCUUUCCACUGGGGCAUGUGCUAUCACUUCUGUUUUUUGCUUUGUGUAGCAUCAGUUACUGGUACAGAAAAUUCUGUUACUAAAAGGCCAGGAAUUAAUUAUUCCUUACUGCCCUUUCACUGAUUUUUUUUUUUUCCCCCUUCAAGCACUUCAAAAGUUACAUUACAAAUAUGACCAGCUGCUACUAAAUGGGGAAGGGAGUGGAAAAGUCUGUGUUGGGAACAAAAGUUCAGGAACUAAAUGAACUGUUUGGGUCUAUGAUUCAGCGUUACUGAUGUCUUUCAGCACUCUGACGAGUAAUCUAGAAAAUGUUUUAAAUGGGCGGGGGGGAGACUGCUUGUGUUAGCAAUGAGUUGUUAGAGAACAACAGGAGAGGAAGCAAUGCAGACUGAGCUGAAUUUCCCGUUGUUCACGCACAUGAGAAACACCAGUGGGAAUAGGGAGGAGGAAGUAGAAAUUCUCCCAGCUUGCCCUUUCUGUCUCUUCCAUGUAGUUAUUCCUCAAUAACGUUUCUGUGAAGUAGGAGGACCUGUUUCACAAAGAGCUGGCUUGAAGUUCAGUUUACAGUUGGGUUAUCCCUAACCUAGCUGAGCUCUAGUCCUUGUAAGCAGCCGAGGGGCAGCUGCUGGCAAAAUUCAGUCUUUUCUGAGCAGUGCACAGGAAUUGAU